AUGGCGCUGGGGCAGCAACGUUUGCAAGAAUGGGAGUAUCAUCAGAGGAGGCAAAAGUAUGGGGAGCUAAGAGAAAUUUGUGGAGAGCAGUAUGUACAGGAAGUUACAAAUGCUCCAGAGGAUGUUUGGGUUAUAAUUCACCUUUAUCGAUCAAGCAUCCCAAUGUGUUUACUGGUUAAUGAAUAUCUCAGCCUGCUAGCCAGAAAGUUUCCAGAAGUCAAGUUUCUCAAAGCCAUUGUAAACAGCUGCAUUCAGAACUACCAUGACAGAUGUUUACCUACAAUACUUGUAUACAAAACUGAUGAAAUAAAAGGCAGGUUCAUUGGAGUAGCUGAAUGUGGGGGAAUACAUCUUCAAGUGGAAGAGCUUGAAUGGAAACUCAUGGAAGUUGGAGCGAUAGAAACUAACUUAGGAGAUAACUCAAAAAAGUACACUAUAGAUAUGAUGACACUGUCUGUGCAAAACAUAUCUGCUCAUGAAGUCACCAGUACAAAAAGCAGUGAUGUGGUGAAACCACAUAUUAUUUGA